UAAUGUACCUCACGCGUUUUCUUGAUCAGUUGUUUGAUGCAUAUUACUGUAUAUUUGGGUCAAUUUGUUUUUCUUCCCCUUCUUUACCUUCUUUGGAUCCAGUUGCUACUAGGUAUCUGUGAGUCACUUGGUUGGAGACAGACAUUGGAAGUUUUUCCCCAUAGGCUAUAACUUGGCGGGAUGGUUUCUUUUGAGAUGAAUGACCAAAAAAAGAUUGGGCUGGGAUUGACUGGGUUUGGGAUAUUUUUCUCAUUCCUUGGAAUCAUUUUUUUCUUUGAUAAGGCACUUCUAGCAAUGGGCAAUAUUCUCUUUCUUUCAGGUCUGAUGUUGGCCAUUGGGCUAAAAUCGACACUACAAUUCUUUGCCAAACCUAAGAACUACAAGGGGACAAUCUCAUUUGGAGCUGGCUUCUUUCUAGUCCUGGUCGGAUGGCCUGUAAUUGGCAUGAUCUUGGAAUCAUAUGGUUUCAUUGUUCUCUUCAGUGGCUUUUGGUCAAUCCUUGCAGUUUUCUUGCAGAAGAUCCCUAUUCUUGGAUGGAUAUUCCAACAACCAUUUGUCACAUCAUUCUUUGAUCGCCAUGGAGGCAAAAGGGUGCCAGUGUAACAACAAUUUGGCCAGAUUAAAGUACUUAAGUCAAAUAUUAUUAUUUUUAUUAUUUUAUCGAACAAUUGAUAGUAAGCAGAUCUGCCGAAUUAUAUGAGGGUUCCUUCUGUUCAUCCUUAAUCCAAUUGAGUACAGAGUUGUUUGUGGAUUAGUGAUCAAGACCCUGUCGGAAGAUUUAUGUUGCUUUGAAUUAGGUCGGGAAAAAACCGAGGCAAUAUUGAUGGGUGGAAGAAAAAAUGACAGCUCUGAUCUGUUGAUUUUGUUUAACUACCUUUCUGUCAUUUUAUUUCAUUGUAUCAAUCAAUUUUUAGCCAAUAUAUUUGAUUUCACUCGUCACUACCAGCUUAA